AUGGUGAAUACUAUUCUAGGCCUCGAGAUAGUGCGCUUCCAUGCCCAUUACUACAUUCGUCGUCAUCAGUACAAUGGCUCGUUCACCAGCUUGAGGGUUCUCAGUGAGCAAAUCAUCGCUAGGAUCCCUCGGAACCGUAACAAGUACAAGAAAUGGUUGAGGUCGAUGCGGACGGAGUACAGGGCUAAGGAACUCGCCCUCGAGAAACAUGUCCACCAGAUCUGCGACGAGUCCAAGCCCGAUUAUUCGAAAUUUGCCGAGUUCGUGGCCCUCCCAUCGGAGUUGCCACGGCUGGACGAACACUGCGACGCCAAAUUCUUCUACAUCAUCAACCUCGAUAAGGGGAUUCUCACCAUGAACCACACCAUCCACUGGAGCUUGUGCAACAUCCCACACCAGAGCGAUCUCUCACGGUCUACCUCGACACUUGCUCACAAGAAAGAGCAUAUGACCUCCCCGGCUUUGGAGAUUCCCAACCGAAAUAGAACGAUGGGUUAUGCCUACCGUGUCGUAACUCCGAAGACAAACAUUGAAGAACCGCGAAAAGCAUUCCUUACAUUCGUUCUAGCCAGGACGCUUAUCGAAUACCACAAAGAGAUCAGUCGAUAUGGGAGGGAAUGGGCUCCGGGCACGUUCCCUUCUCACGAGCUGAUCUUUGCCUUCGUUUCCAUCGCCUCUGGGCAGGCUAGAUUACACUCUUUCCCUGAACAGCCGUGCAAUCCACGAAAUUGCCGCGCCCGGAACUGCAAGUGGAAUCACCUCCCAAGGUCUCCAGGGUGGCUUAGUAAACCAUGGGCUGGCGCUAGCACUCCGUUGCUCGAGUUCGGCUCGCCGUCUCAUCGGCCAGGUGAGCCCGCAGGAGCGUCGCCCACGGAGACCAUGUACUGGUUCAAAGGCGUCCUUGUCAGCCUUACGCUAGUGGUUGACGAGGAGGCUAUUUCGGACGCCGUUACGUGGGGUAUUGAACAAAAACGAACAAACUUCCAGAUGGUCAUUUUGUCGCUGUUCAAAGUGGCGUUUGCCGAAGUUUCCCUUGACAACGAUGGAGACGGGAAGCCAGUUGUCAGGCUCAGCGAAUCUAUCAAUCUCUCGCCUAUACGCGCGGAACACUGUGCCGGCGCACAUCCCCGCGAGCGACCAGCGGGGUGGAAGGACGAACCGAGUCAGCCGGGUCAUAGUAUUCAUCGGUGUGCGGUCAUGGUACGGGCAACCUGCACUGGAACCGCGCAGGAACUGCGAGAGAACUUCCCCGGGCUCGCUGCGCUUGUCAACUUCUUCGAUGCCGCUACGAACCGCCUCCUCUACCACCGGAUUCUCGACUUCACCGACUACGAUACUUGGCACAACUGCUCGGUUGUGUCGCCACAGCUUCACGCCUACUGCCUUUUCAAGUACAGGCUUGACGACCGGCUGAGGAUUGUAGCUGGCCCUUUCGCAAAGCUGCAGGGGGUACAACUGCUGUCGUUCGACUUCGAGGACUUGGAAACAGGAGAGAUCCUUCCCAUGAUGCAGGUCCAACGGCAUUGCGGGGCGGAAAAGUAUCGUUGGAUGCCCCUCAUCGGCGGUGAACGGAAGGCCCUCAUGGUGGACGUGGUCGUCCAGUUUGGGCCGGCGGAUGAUGUGCCGGUGGGAGAGGAAAGUGGUGAUAGACGCACAUAA